AUGAAAGUAGAAAUUUUAGAUAAAAACGAAAUAAAUAUUAGAAUUUUUUGUAUUUAUUCAAAAUUUGAAUCUUUUUUAACUUGUUCUUAUAAAGAUUUAAAUCAAGAAAUUCCAAAAUCAAUUAAAGAUUUGGAGAAUAUAGUUGAAAAUGAUGAAGAAUGGAGAAAUUGUAACAAAAACAACAGAAUAGUUAUUUUCAAUACGACUAUUGAAACAAUAAUUAAAUAUCUUGAAAAUCAAGACUUAGUUAAUUUUAUAAUUAAAGUAAUAAUCGAUGAAUUAAAAAAAGGAGGGGAAAACAAAGAUUUUCUUUUCGAAUUAAUUGAUAACCUUUUACAUAGAUUAUCGGUUGAUCAAAUUCAACUAGUUAUUACAGAGUUAUUUAGAGUAUCGAAUGAAGUAGUUCUUGGUUAUAUCGAUGGCUAUAUCUCGAGAAACAAAUGUGAUGCAUUUGAUGAACCUGCGAAAAUACAUGAAUCCACAACUACUACUACUGCUACUACUACUACUCUCGAGAGAUUCGACCAUGUCAAGUCAUUCAUCAAGAUCAUCUAUGUAAUUGCAAUCGUUGAUAGUCAAUUACAAAAUAUAUUAAAACAUCUCAAACAUACUACAUUGGAUUCUAAUUUCAUAGGACUUUCAUAUUCAAUGAACAAAUUUAUAUCAUUACUUCCAAAUGAUUCAAGAAUUGAACUAAGAGAUUUACUUGUGCAAAUAUCUAAACAACCUGAAUUAAAUAUAAUGGAAAGUAGAUUGUUUUAUGUGGUUCAUCAGUUAAUAAGAUACUCAUUGACGACGGGUGAUGAUUUCCAGACAUUCUUUGGAUCGGAUAUGAUCAGUUUCUAUAUAGAGUCGAUCAUGAAGAGAUUGACUACAAUCGAUGAUGAUCUCGUCAAUAUUGCUAUGACACGCGAUUAUAGUACCAGUGAUAUGAUGCUAAUCGAUUUGGAACUAAUGAUAUCCGGUUUCAGUUCGAAUGUUCACUACCCAAAGAUGAUCAUACAGAAGCUAAUAGAUAGUUACAGCCACAUGUUUGAAUCUACCAAUUGGAAAGAGAGAUAUUCUAUUCUAAGAAUGUUAAACACUCAGAAUAUUUCUUAUGAAAAUAUAGAUUUUAUAUUUAAUAGUGGAUUCAAAUCAAUGAAUAUUGAUGAUCAGUCAUCAUCAUCAUCAUCAUCACUGGGUAAUGAUGAACAUCCAUUGGUUAGAUAUGAAUAUUAUACUUUGGUGUCAAGGUAUUUGUCAUCGAAAACUGACAAGUUUGAUUUAUGUUAUCAUUUCGUCAAGAUGAUAUUAAAUAGAGAUGAAGAUAUACCAAUUUUGAAGACGUGCAUGCUCAACUGCCUAUAUACUAUGAUGAUACUCCACAACAUCACGACCAACGAUGAAAAUCAAUUGAAUGCAUUCCACAGAGAUAUCAUUACAAUCAUCUGCAAAUAUGCCAGCUCAAACGAACGUAACGUUGUAAGACAAGCACUAGCAACGGUCAUACAAUUCUCCACACAUAUUGGUAAUGGCUUUAUUCCAUAUUUUGACGAUACCAUUGAAUGGUUUAUCAAGACACUGGAAUCACAUCCAUAUUCCCAUGAACUUAGAUUCGAUAUUCUACAAUCGCUUAGUAAACUACUUGUUGUUAUGGGUGUAGAUUACUCACAUAUAACCAAUAAUAGAUUCAACAAUGGACAGAUCAUACAGAGAUUGCUAACUACUACAUUGGCUGAAGUGGAUGUAUUGUCCGUCGAUCAACAAAGUCUAUCUAAACUGUUUGAUACUUUUAGAAACUUUUGUCAAUGUCCAGGAUUUGAUAUACAGACAUAUUUAGUUAGAAUAAUGGAUUGUGUAACAAUGAUUUUGAUAAGCGAUGAAGGUGUUCAACAGUGGACAGGCAACGAGGGAACAGUAUUGGAGUUGGAUCACUUCACUCAGACCUACAGUCGUUUGGAACUGGCAUUGCGAUUUCUACCUUACGCUUUUCACUGUCUGGAGUUUGGCGAUGUCUUUCUCCCAAAGAAUCUUUACAAAUCAAUGGAAGUCGAGAUUAUUCCUUUCUUGGUCAAUGCUAAAUCAAACAUUCUACUUCAAUGCACAAUGGAGACAAAUCUAACUAAAGAGUAUCUAGAUACUUUAGAUAAAGAAAAGUUAAUUGAAUUAAUAUUAAGUAGUAGUAGUAAUCAGAAAGAUAAUAAAAAUAACAAUAAUAAUAGCAGUAACAAUAAACAACAACAACAACAACCAAAAAAGAAAAAAGAUAAGAAAAGAAAAAGAACAAGUGAGAUAGAUUUCGAUAAAUGUUAUAAAAGAUAUAUUGCAUUGAAAGUUGCAUACUUGGGUUGGGAUUAUCAUGGGUUUGCUGCUCAACAAAUCACUGAGGAAACCAUUGAAGGUCAUCUCAUUAGAGCAUUACAAAAGACUUGUUUAAUCAAUGAUAUAAAGAAUUGUAAUUAUUCAAAGUAUGCAUUAUCAGGUAGAACAGAUAAAGGUGUUUCUGCAUUUGGUCAGGUGAUUUCAUUGUAUGUAAGAUCGAAUUUGACUGAAGGAAACGAUCUUAUACCACCUACUGUCAUCGAUGACGAAGCAAUCGCAAAAAAGAAAGCGAAUCUUCUAAAGAAUAAGAAAACACACGAGGAAUUCCAAUUUGUAAAGAUGUUGAACGGUGUUCUACCUCCUUACAUCAGAGUGUUAGGUUGGUCACCUAUUCCAUUCCACUUCAACGCUCGUUUCAGUACACUCUAUAGAACUUACAAAUACUUUUUUGAUCCAUCCAAUCUAGAUUUGAAUUUAAUGAAAGAAGCAGGUAAAUCAUAUAUUGGUGAACAUGACUUUUCAAACUUUUGUAAAAUUGAUUUAGAAAGUGUUAAAUCAUUUACAAGAGUUAUAUUAUCUUUUGAUAUACAACCGGUUGAAUCUGGUGAUUUUUCGACGAGUGGAAUGUAUGUUGCAACUAUUUGUGGAUAUGCAUUCCUUUGGCAUCAGAUAAGAUGUAUGAUGGCAAUGUUGUUUUUAAUAGGUCAAAAGAAAUUCCCGACAACUAUUAUUGCAGAUUUAUUGGAUCUAUCAAAAGGUAUUGUAAAACCACCGUACGAGAUGGCAUCUGAAGUUCCACUUGUUCUAUUCGAUUGUGGCUACGAAGAUUUGAACUUCAUAUAUGAUAAAGAUUAA